AUGGCUCGGACGAGGAACCAGGCACAAAGCGAGUUCUCUUCUGAACAGCGGACCUGUCUACCUUCGGACGACCGCGUGCUCGGCGGCCCGCCGACCGUCGACUCCGCAACGCCUACCUCUUCAGCGAUGCGUGCAGCGUCCAGCAGGCAAGCAGGCAGCGUGUUCAACGCUGACUCGGAACGUCCGAGCAAGUCGGCGAACCGCUCACCGACGGUAACGAGUGCCGCGCUCGACACCGGUCAAUACGGACAGACGAGCUGUCGUCGGGCGACGCGACCUACGGCGUCAACACAACUGGACUACGUGGACGAGUCCAAACUACCGCAAAUACCACCCAGUGUGAAUGGACGCGGACCGUGGCAACCAUGUGAAGAUGAGAGGCUCAAGGCCCUGGUGAAUAUGCUUGGCGUCGGUGCUUGGCCACGAAUUGCGCAGUACAUGGUCAAUCGCUCCGGGAAACAAUGUCGCGAACGGUAUAUCAACAACUUGGCUCCGGGAAUCGUCAAAACCGAGUGGACGCGCAACGAGGAAAUGCGUCUCGUGCAAUUACAAGCGAUCUAUGGAAACCGCUGGUCGGUCAUUGCGAAAGAGUUUCCCGGUCGAACAGAUAAUGCUGUCAAAAAUAGGUUCAAUAGUUACCUGAGGAGGCUGGAGUACCAAAAGCGCCAGCAAACAGAAGCCCUGAAGAAAGAACGACUUCGGCAAGAACGCGCGCGUAUCACUGAGGAAAUCAGUAAGCAAAAUCCGUCGAAACGACGAGAAAAGCUCCCAGACGUACGCCCUGCCGCUUUGGCGAUUCCGGUACCCGAUGAGGACGCAGCCGCAGUGACCUCACCCCGCGGGAUCGAAUCCUUACCGCGGUCGUUUUCGGGAAAUUUGCACAUCCAUGAUGUUCGAACGACCUGUUCCAGGCCAGAACUCAAGCGCAGACGAAGCGGUGAGCGCUCCUCCACGAGCACAUCGUUUAGUGCGCUGGGAUCAGAGGCGCUCGCGCAGCCGCUGCUUGCAUCCGGUGCUGAGACGACAGCUCGACUCCAUCAAGACGUCGAAUUGCCGCCCUAUGAAACCGAUAUUGAACACCGUAUUGAGGUGGCCUUUCUACGAUCCUCACCUGACUCGUUUUUGUCGCAUGAAAAUGCGAUCGGUGCCGAGCUCACAUCUCCAGUCCUGAGCGAUAUCAAAUCGGUGCUCUUUCCAGAGCAGACGGCAUCUCCAGCCAGGUUUGACGCAUUGCGCAAUGUGCUUAGCGAGGAGGAGUGCUCUCUUCUCGAUAAGUAUGCAAACCUGAAAUUUGCCGAGCAGCAGACGGGUACCUCGCGGGACGCUGUCCGCGAAGUAGGUUCUUCACGAGCUCCGAGUCUACUGCUCACGAAAGCGGAGAGCGCCAACACCGAAAGCCAGCCCGGUGACACGACAGCGACCUCGCCAGCGUACUACGACGCACUCAUAACACCGGUGACCCUGCGACCCAACGUCCAAGUCUCGGAAAAGUUGCCCAUUGGUUCUCAUACAUCCCGUAGCGAGUUGCUUGACGACCAGUUACGGUACUUGCUCAACGAAUGA